AUGAUGUUAAAUAGAUUUGUUAAUAACAAAUCUAGAUUUGUAAAUUUAGUAAAUGGAAGUAGCAAAAGUUUAUUUUUAUCAUUGACAGCAACUACAACAACAGGUGCAGCUGAUAGAAAUACAUUACAGAGAUUAAAUUAUAAUAAUGGUUAUAACAAUAGAUUCUAUUCUUCUUCCUCUUCAGAUAGAGAUAGAAAGAAAGAAUCAAAAGAAUUGGAAGAUUUCGUAAAGCAACAAACAAACGAUGCCUAUGGAAAACCACCAGCCACUCAGUCUAAGCCGAUGAACAGAAAAGAACGUAGAACAAUGGAGCAUCAACUCAGCAGGAAUUCGCAACAUUUGGUGGUGGCGGGUGUCGUAUCACCGAAACUCGAUGUUCCCACCACUAUUCCCUAUCCUCCGUAUGCCAAUGGCGAACCACUUCGCGAAUACGAUCUGGAAGACGACAUUACAGUGGCGUCGGCCGAAGAUAUCAAAGGAAUGCGAGCAUCUUGCAAGUUGGCCAAAGAAAUUCUAGAGUUUGCCGGUAAGAUGGUGAGAGCUGGAAUCACCACCGAUGAAAUCGAUCGAGCUGUUCACGCAGAGAUCGUUCGUCGCGAUGCAUAUCCAUCGACACUCGGUUACAAAGGCUAUCCGAAAUCGAUUUGCACAUCGAUCAAUGAGAUCAUCUGUCAUGGCAUACCCGAUAGUCGUCCACUGCAAGAUGGCGAUAUCAUAAACAUCGAUAUCACCGUAUACUACAAAGGCUAUCAUGGUGAUACCUCUGCGACAUUCACCGUUGGUCAAAUCGAUAGUGCCGCCGCCAAACUCAUUGAAGUCACAAAGAUGGCAUUGGAUGCCGGUAUUAAAGCUGUCAAACCAGAUAGACCAUUCAGUGAUAUCGGUAAAGCAAUUCAAGCUGUUGCACAUAAACAUUCAUUUAGUAUUCCAAUUGAAUUUACAGCACAUGGUAUUGGUAAAGAAUUUCAUACACCCCCAUUUAUUUUCCAAGUUGCAAACGAUUUAGAUUAUAUUAUAAAGAAAGAUAUGAUUUUUACAAUUGAACCUAUUUUAGUUGAAAGUACAAAACCAUUUACAGAUUGGAAGAUGUGGGAUGACAAUUGGACAAUUUCAUCUACAGAAGGUGGAUGGGCAGCACAAUUUGAACAUACUAUUUUAGUGACAGACAAUGGCGCAGAGAUCCUAACACAAUAA